UUUUUUUCAUUCAUAAUUUUAACUAUUAACGUUUAUUCUUUUAAUUAAUUAAUCAAUCAAACUUAUUACAAUGGUUAACGCAAUUUUAUCUAAAAAAAGAAAGUUAGUAGCCGACGGUGUUUUCUUCGCCGAAUUAAAUGAAUUCUUCACCAGAGAAUUAGCUGCUGAAGGUUAUGCUGGUGUUGAAGUUAGAAAAACUCCAACCAAAUUAGAAGUUAUUGUUAAAGCUUCCAACACCAAAGAUGUUUUAGGUGAACAAGGUAGAAGAAUCCAUGAAUUAACUUCAUUAAUUGUUAAGAGAUUCAAAUUAUCCCCAGAAGGUAUUGUUAUCUAUGCUGAAAGAGUUGAAGAACGUGGUUUAAGUGCUGCUGUUCAAGCUGAAGGUUUAAAAGCCAAAUUAUUAUCUGGUUUACCAAUCAGAAGAGCUGCUUAUGGUGUUUUAAGAUUUGCUAUGGGUGCUGGUGCCAAGGGUGUUGAAGUUGUUAUUUCUGGUAAAUUAAGAGCUGCCAGAGCUAAAUCUCAAAAAUAUGCUGAUGGUUUCAUGAUUCAUUCUGGUCAACCAACCAAUGAUUUCAUUGAUAUUGCCAUUAGACAUGUUUUAAUGAGACAAGGUGUUUUAGGUGUUAAAGUUAAGAUUAUGAAGGAUCCAGCUGCCAAUAAGAGAGGUCCAAAAGCUUUACCUGAUGCUGUUAAAAUCGAUGAAGUUAAAGAUGAAGGAGAAAUCAUUAGAGCCCCAACUGUUAAGUCUCAUAAACAAGCUCCAGCUCCAGCCCCAGUUGCUGCUGCUCCAGCUGUUGAAACUGCUGAACCAGUUGCUGCUUAAGUUAAUUAAAAUUUGUUAAUAAUCAUAUAAUAUAAUACAUUUUUUUAAUUUUCUUAUACCAAAUAUUUGUGAUU